UUAAAAAAUGAAAUUAUGAUGCCUGCUCUCAUUAUUUUAUUAUUUAUUGAAUUGUUAUGCAAGGAGACAAAGCAAGUAAAUAUAAUUAAAUCAUGGACACAUCAGAAUUACACAGAUUAAAAUAUUAAAGGCUGUACUAAAACCAGAGGGAAGAGAUGGACUUCUAUAGCGAGUCCUUGAGUUACAACCAUGAUUAUGAUCAUCUCAAUCAUAAUUCAUGACAGUCUUAAGUCAGAUCAUCCACAAGACCGACCAGAUUUUACAGUCAAUCGUUAAGCAAAUGCUGCGGAAGUCUGUUGUGACUUCAGACUGAUUGUAAGUUGAGGACUACCUGUAGUAGCUCCGUUCCACUUCUUUGUGGGCAUUCAAAAUUUGUGAUGUGGGUGUUUCCUCUUCUAACCCGUCUUCCUUCCCAUUUUGAAUUCCAGAUCACCAGUGCAUUCGACAUGGAAGCCGUCACUUUCAAGAAACUGGUGAAGGGCCAUGCUUACUCAGUCACCGGAGGUGAGCAGAUCAACUACCGAGGACAGCGCGUCAACCUGAUCCGGAUCCGGAACCCUUGGGGAGAGGUGGAAUGGACGGGAGCAUGGAGUGACAGUUCUGGGGAGUGGAAUGCAGUGGAGCCGGCUGUGGGGCAGCAGCUGAGAGUGAAAAUGGAGGAUGGGGAAUUUUG